CCAGGCCUUGGGAAGUUCAAAUCCUUGCGAGUUUUCAGAGCAUCUCACUGCAACCUGCAGCAGGUGGAUGACCUGGAGAAUUUGAUCUUUUUAGCAUCAUUAAAUGUUUCAUACUGUCGAAGUCUUGAGAGACUUCUCGAUCUAUCAAAACUGACGAUGCUGAAAGACAUUAAAAUUGAGGGCUGUCUGAUGAUUCCUGAUGAUUUUUAUUAUGUGGAUUCACACCUGAAUCUCUCCGAGGAGCAAAGCAGUUCACUAAUUGAGGCGGACAGCACAUCCGAGGUGGAGUAUAGCAAACCAGCUAAAACCAAACGUUAUAGCAAACCAGCUAAAACCAAACGUUCUUCCUUCAAGGGCAUCAAACCCAUAUACGAAGGAAAUGAAGGCGGGAUUGACAAUAUCAGGAGCAAUGAUGACCAAUUGAAGUGGCUUGAUAGCCAUUCUGAUGGUGGCAUUAAAUGGAAAUUGAUAAAAAAAAUCCUUGUGUCAGAUAAAGAAAUUGGUAAGGGAAGUAGUGGGACCAUUGUCUAUGAGGGCAUGUAUGAAGAUCGACGUGCUGCAGUGAAAUGCCUUGUCAGGGGUCAUCAUGAUGUCGCCAUGGUAGAGAUUCAGAAUUUGAUAUUAUCUGACCAACAUGAAAAUAUUGUUCGAUAUUAUGGGAUGGAGGAAGACCCGAAAUUCAUCUAUCUUGCACUAGAGCACUGUAUUUGCAGCUUAGAUGAUUUAAUUCAAGCACAUUCAGAUUCUUCUGAUAACUCUGUGUUCCCUGAUGAUUCAGCAUCAAUGAAUGCUUAUAAAAUCAAAUUGGGUUCUGUUAGGGAUAAGAUGCAGGAUGUUGAGUUGUGGUCGGCAGAUGGUUAUCCCUCGCCUCAGUUACUGAAACUAAUGAGCGAUGUGGUAUCAGGACUCAGCCAUUUGCAUAACUUGGGAAUGAUCCAUUGGGGCAUAAAGCCUCAAAAUGUCUUGAUUGCUAAGAAUCCCUCGUUUGGUGCUAAGCUAUCUGAUAUGGGAAUUAGCAAAUGCCUUUCGAAAGAUAAAUCUUCCUUGGGAAAUCAUGCUACUGUUUGUGGAAUCACAGGAUGGCAAGCACCUGAACAGCUCUAUCCUGGUGGGCGCAAAACGCAAAAAGUGGAUAUGUUUAGUUUAGGACGUGUCUUGUUCUUUUGUGUCGCUCGUGGAAAACAUCCAUUUGGUAAACCUAUAGAACGUGACUUCAACAUUGAUCGCGACAUAAAGGACCUUUCUUGGGUGGAAUUCAUGCCAGAAGCUCAUGAUCUUAUUUCGCGUUUACUAGACCAAGAUCCCGAUUUGAGGCCAACGGCAUUGGAGGUGCUGGACCAUCCAUUUUUUUGGAGUUCAAAAAUGAGACUGACCUUUCUUCAUGACGUCGGCAAUGAAGUAGAAUCGGAAGAAGGCAAUUCAGAUUUUCUCAAAGCAUUGGCCAACAUUGCGCAAUUGGCUUUUGAUGGGAAUUGGAUAGAGAAAAUAGAUAAAGGUCUUAUGGACGACCUACGUCUACACAGACGCAAGCCCUAUGACGGUAGUUGUGUCGGAGACUUAUUGAUAUUCGUGCGAAAUGUGUUCAACCAACUCAAGAAAGCUCCAGAAAGGUUUAAGGUACUCUCUCGCUCUCUCUCUGGAACAAUGGUGAUAUCUACAGCUGCAUGCAUGCAAGGUUCAUAUCUGUUGUUGCUUUGAUGAUUCUGGCAGGUCGAAGUGCA